GGGUCGCCUGGCCUGAUAUGCACCGUCUGGCUGACAGAGUCCAUCUGGAGGAGUUGACUAAAAUUGGCAUUCUGAAAGGCAAUGUAGAUGACAUGGUGAAGGUUCAUCUGGGUGCAAUAUUUAUGCCACACGGACUUGGACAUCUACUUGGAAUUGAUGUGCAUGACGUUGGAGGCUACCCAGAGGGAGUGGAGCGCAUUGACCUGCCGGGACUCAGGAGCCUGCGCACCGCCCGCAGCCUGGAGCAGGGCAUGGUGCUGACCAUCGAGCCGGGCAUCUACUUCAUCGACCAUCUCUUGGACCAAGCUCUCCGUGAUCCUGCACAGUCCUGUUUCAUCAACAAUGACGUCCUGCAGCGCUUUAGAGGAUUUGGGGGGGUCCGGAUCGAGGACGACAUCGCAGUGACAGCCAGUGGAAUGGAGCUGCUAACGUGUGUCCCACGUACCGUUGAAGAAAUAGAGGCUUUCAUGGCAGAAGGCCAAAGCAGUGCCAAGUCAUUUGACUGCCUCUCCAGCCAAAAGCAGUAAUCUUCGGGAUGAUACUUACUGUCUCACACCAAUCAGUCAUCGAUGUGAUUUAAUGCUGCACCAUAUAAAAUAAAAUGUGUCCAAUUCUUAACAGCAAGAGAGGCAGGCAGGCUAUUAGUUGCAAUGAUUCAUUCAUUAAAAAUGAAGGUAGAAGUCUUCAGCACUUGGUAUCCGCCCAACUCAAAUGCUGCUACUUGCAAUCAGCAGUUUACCAAGUGCCACCUGAAUAA